AUGUUUAAUACAAGUCUGUUUAAUCAAACGAAUACAAAUCCAUUCAGUCAAACGAACACAAGUAUAAUUAAUCAAACGAACACAAGUAUAAUUAAUCAAACGAAUACAAAUGGGAAUAAUCAAAAUAAAGAUAGAAAUAGGAAAGAAGUGAAUGGGAAGAUGAUAGUAGGAAGUUUUAGUAGAGAAGAUUUAGAAACGAUCAAGAGAUUUAUAGAGAAGAAAAGUAUGGAAGGGUAUUAUCGAGAGAAGAUAGAAUUAAGAAGUACAGAAGAAGUAGAAAAAGAGAUAGAAGAAGUGAUUAAAGAAACACGAAAUAUCGAAGGGGAAUGGAUUAAUAGUAAAAGAAAGAUUGAAGAAUUAAAAGAAGAAGGAGAAAAGACACGAGAAAUGAUUGAACAUCAAGUAGGAAGAGAAGAAUUAUAUAGUCAACCUAUUCUUGUUGAGAAAUAUCGAAAAAGUAAAAAAGAAGUAGAAAAGAUGAUAGAAGGGAUAGAUAAAACAUAUAGUAGUUGUGCACAAAAAGAAAUUAAUAAUGAAUUAGAAAGUUUGUUAAGAAAAGAAAAAGAAAAAGAAGAAAAUAACAAAAUAGUGAUUAAAAGUGUAUUUGAACGAAAUGCAAAUGAUAUUGAAUAUUUAAGUGGAGAAAUAGAAGAAAUGAAAAGAAGAAUGAAAAUGAUGAAAGCACGAAUUGAAGGGAAUUUAGAUAAAUGA